AUAGCAAGCAAUUAGGGUUUGUCACCAUCAUCCCUUAAAAGGCCAAAACAGAACGAAACGCAACUCUUCUGCUCACAGGCGCGAGAGAUCAACGAAGAGCAUUCAUCUGCUCCGCCGAACAUCACCAGAAUGGUUCACGUCUCCUUUUACCGCAAUUAUGGAAAAACAUUCAAGAAACCCCGUCGUCCUUACGAGAAGGAGCGUUUAGACGCAGAGUUGAAGCUCGUCGGAGAAUACGGACUCAGGUGCAAACGUGAGCUCUGGAGAGUACAGUACGCUCUGAGUCGAAUCAGGAACAAUGCUAGAAACCUUCUUACUCUUGAUGAGAAGAAUCCUCGCAGGAUUUUUGAAGGUGAAGCUUUGCUUCGAAGAAUGUUUCGUUAUGGAUUGCUCGAUGAGACGCAGAAUAAGCUUGAUUAUGUUCUUGCUUUAACUGUUGAGAAUUUUCUGGAGCGUCGUCUUCAGACUCUUGUUUUUAAAUCUGGUAUGGCUAAGUCUAUUCAUCAUGCUAGGGUUCUCAUCAGACAGAGGCAUAUCAGGGUUGGGAGGCAGGUUGUUAACAUCCCAUCUUUCAUGGUGAGGGUUGACUCACAGAAGCAUAUUGACUUUUCACUUACAAGUCCACUCGGUGGUGGACGUCCUGGAAGGGUGAAGCGAAAGAACCUCAAGGCUGCUGCCAAGAAGGCUUCUGGUGGUGAUGGUGAUGAGGAGGAUGAGGAUUAAACUAAUGUUGUCUUAGUUGCAUUCUCUAGUGAAGUUAAAUUUUGUUUUUGCAUCUAUGAUUAUGUCUCUAGUUUAUCAUUAUUGACUGCUAUACUUUUUUGUUUUGUUCAUGCUUGGUUCUGUUUUGAGAAUGUACUUUGUCUGAAAUAUUAUGUUGUUUUUGGAACACUACUAUUAUCAUAAACGUUUCGCACCAAUUUCUUUUCA